AUGGAAGGACCACCAAAAUAUGCACCACUGAGCGGAGAAGAGUUGGAAGAACUGGGAUAUGUUGAAGCGAAGGAUGGGUUUGCCUGGAACAGUGAUAGUACCGAGAUCAUACCUACCAACACACGGAGUUUCGUCGCCUACUUGUCGAUUAUGUUGCUUUCGCUUUGCGCUAACGUGUUGCUGGUUAUGGAUAAUGCAAAGCUGAGGAAUAUGACACGCGAUACAGGAAGGACAAUCUACAGUGGCCUCACUUUCGAUACCCAAAUCCCUUAUCAUUCCAUGUCCAAGUAUUGGAAUCCGAAUCUCACCGAUAGUGAUAUGGACCUGGCGUGGGAUGCUAUAGACACCAAUGCGAUGGCAAUCGCGUUGCCUGACGACUAUUCCGAAAGCGUCGGCCUGUUCCCCUCAACACGUUUCCCGUGGGAUACUGAACGAAGUAUCUACUACGUAAAGGGCAUUCAUGAUCUUCACUGCCUGAAACUCAUUCGUAAAGCCAUCACAUCCAAACACAACAAUAGUAGUCAAACUUUCAACCUCAACCACAUCUACCAUUGUUUCGAAGGCUUGCGACAAGACAUCAUGUGUACUGCGGACGAUACGCCCAUGCCCGCUUCGGCAGAGCGCCACGUAGGCGAUGGGCAAAUACGACAAUGUCGGGACUGGAACAAGAUGACUUCCUGGGCCACACAACCCGGAUUGCAUGCUUGUUACAACUUCGACGAUUACCGUGAAGCUACGAACACGCUAGAACUCUUUGCCUUCUGCCCGCCGGAGUCACCCUAUCGCUCAAUCCAGCAAGCUUACUUUGAGUACCAUGGGCACAAGAGCCCGUACGAGCCGAAAGUAGAUGACGAACAAGCUAUUGUAUUCUAG